UUCGUUAAAUCUCCUAGGCCCUAGUUUCCUCUUAAUUUCUUUUUUUGAGUUGGAAUUUCUCGUUAAUUUCUUGAUAUAGCUUCUUCGACUGGCGACUGCCAUUGAUUUUGCCUUGAAACCAAAAACCCCAAAUUGUUCCAAAUCUGUCGAAGCAGCUGUUUGCCAAAGAAAGUAUGCAUGUUUCUUGAAGAAAGUCUCCCACUGAGCUCAAGGCAACUGCAACAGCACCUCUUCUCCCUGCUUCAAAGCCGCUGCAAAUCGAUUAAACACCUCGCUCAGAUCCAUGCCCACAUCACCACCAAUGGAUUCAGCAACAAAAACUUCCUUCUCGUCAAGCUAUUGUCAUUAUACACAUCCUUCAACAAUUUCCCCACCGCCCAGCAACUGUUCGAUCAAAUGCCGAGCCCGAGCUCCGCGCUCUGGAACCAAAUUAUCCGUGGCUAUCAGAUCAACGGAAACCCGCGCAGAUCGGUGGAGGUUUUUAAUAUAAUGGAGCGGGGCUCUCCGUCGCCGCCCGAUGAGCAUACCUAUACGUUUCUUGUGAAUGGCUGCGCGAAAGGGGGGUUGCUGGGGGAGGGAAUGCAGGUGCACGGGAAGGUUUUGAAGAGCGGAUUCAGCUCGAAUGUCUACGUUCAGAGCAGUUUGGUUGAUUUCUAUGUCAAGAAUGGAGGUGGAAGAGAUGGAGUUGCAAAUGCGAAGAAGGUGUUCGAUGAAAUGCCUGAGAGGAGCGUUGUCACGUGGAAUUCCUUGCUUUUGGGGAGCUUUAGGUGCGGAGAUGUUGAUGGGGCGCGAGCGAUUUUUGAGGUGAUGCCGGGUAGGAAUGUCGUGUCGUGGACUACGAUGAUUUCUGGAUGCACGCAGAAUGGGAGGUCGAAGGAGGCCUUAAUCUUAUUCCGUCAAAUGCAGCAUGAAAAUGUAGAGUUUGAUCAAGUGACUUUGGUGGGAGUGCUCGCUGCUUGUGCUGAAUUGGGUGAUCUUCACUUGGGGAAAUGGAUUCACUCGUACGUUUUCGAGCAUUUCACUUUCUCUAAGAAGCCGGUUCUCGUCACAUUGAAGAAUUCAUUGAUACAUAUGUAUGCAAGCUGUGGUGAGAUCGAUGCAGCAUAUGCGGUGUUCAAGGGGAUGGAGAAGAAGACGGCUGUUUCUUGGACUAGCAUGAUCACUGGCUUUGCCAAACACGGCUAUGGCAACGAGGCCCUCUCCGUGUUCCAAUGGAUGCAGAGUGUGAGCUCCAAAGAUGUUAAACCGGACGAGAUCACAUUCCUAGGGGUUCUCUGCGCCUGCAGCCACGCUGGCUAUGUCAACGAGGGGCGCCGUUACUUCAAAGCCAUGGUUGAGGAUUGGGGGAUCAAGCCAAGGAUCGAGCACUUCGGGUGCAUGGUUGAUCUGCUGAGCCGGGCCGGAUUGUUGGAUGAGGCUCAUGAGGUGGUGAGGUCUAUGCCUAUGAAGCCUAAUGACGUCGUGUGGGGCGCCCUUCUUGGUGGGUGCCGGGUGCACAAGAGUGUCGAGCUGGCUUCUGAUGUGACGGAGCUGAUGAUGAGCGAUGGGGUUCGCCCUGAGCGCGCUGCUGGCUACUUUGUGCUGCUGUCGAAUGUGUAUGCUGCGGCUAAGAAGUGGGAGGACGUGGUGGCCGUGAGGAGGAGGAUGCUCGAGGGAAAGACGAGGAAGCCUCCCGGCCGGAGCUGGAUUCAGGUGGAAGGGAGCAUAUAUGAGUUUGUGGCUGGUGAUAGGUCUCAUGAGAUGGCAUGUUUGAUAUAUGAUGUUCUUGAUGAUAUCACUAGGGAAGCUAGGUUUCAUGGCUACAUUCCAUUUUGUGUAGAUGAAAUUUGAGUUUGAAUUGCUUGAUGAAAUUUCAUCUUAAUUGGAUCGAAGUCGUUUUGAUUAUCUAUAAAUGGAGAUGGGCAGUCGAUCUUGGACCUGGAUAGACUCUUAUUUGAGUUUCGAUUUUGAGAUUCAGUCCAUAUUCGGCCCGUUCAUCUGUAUGAUCUUAUUAUUCUUUACUAUUUAUCUAAUUUUAUAAUUCUGACAA